CUGUCUGGUCUCUAAAAUUUUCAUCCCCACUCUCCGAAUGGAGUCAGAGGCUACAGCGACUAGUCAUAAACUACUGCUCAGAGCCGGCCUAAUACGUCAAACGUCGGCAGGCAUCUAUAGCUACCUUCCCCUCGCCGUGAAGUCGCUACAAAAACUUGAGAGAUUAAUCGACGAGGAGAUGACUGCCAUUGAUGGGACGAAGCUGGCCUGUCCGUCACUAGCGCCCGCUCAACUGUGGAAAGAAUCCGGACGAUGGAAUGCGAUGGGAGGCGAAUUAUGGAGGAUAAAAGACCGAAAAAAUGUCGACUUCUGUUUGGGUCCGACUCAUGAGGAAAUUGUCUCAUCUCUGAUGGCAUCAGAGCUUCAGUCGUAUAAACAACUACCUCUCAGGUUGUAUCAGACGACGACAAAAUUUAGGGACGAGAUGAGGCCGCGAUCUGGCUUAUUGAGAAGCAGAGAGUUCAUCAUGAAAGACAUGUAUACGUUUGAUGUGUCUGAAGAAGCUGCUAAGACGACUUAUGAGCUUGUCUGUGAGGCGUAUGGGAGAAUUCUUAAACGCCUUGAUGUUCCCUUUAUUAAAGCUGAAGGGGAUGUGGGGCAAAUUGGUGGUUCAAUGUCACAUGAGUUUCACAUUCCUGCCGAGUGUGGGGAAGAUCACGUGAUCGUUUGCACAGAUUGCAAAGUGUCAGUAAAUCAGGCCAUUAUGACGCAAGAUAACAGUGUGUCAUCGAUUCGAGGAUGUCAACUGGCAACGAACUGUCGAUCACACUCUCACAAAGCGAUAGAAGUUGGUCAUGCCUUCUAUCUUGGUACCAAGUACUCGGAAGUGUUCAGGGUGACUUUCACUGAUGACAAUAGAGAGAAACGUGUGGCUGAGAUGGGAUGUUUUGGUAUCGGUGUGAGUCGUCUCCUCCAAGCUUGUAUCGAGGCUCUGUCCCCACCCAGUGGUGACCAAAUCAUAUGGCCGACUCAGAUUGCACCAUACAAAGUGUGCAUCGUACCGAUAGAUACGAAAGAAGACAAUUCUGCGCAUCAGUUAAAUUCCCUAGCUGAGACUCUUUAUGAUACACUGAAUGAUGGGAGAGUGCCUGUCUUGGAUAGUGAUGUUAUUAUAGAUGAUAGGAUGCAUUUGUCUGUUGGUGUUCGACUCGCUGAUGCUGCUCUUGUUGGAUAUCCGAUGCUCGUUGUUCUCGGUAGUAGGACAAUAGAGAACGGUCUUAUAGAACUGCAGCAUCAGUACAGUGGAGAAACCGAGUAUCUUACUUUUGAAUCUUUGGUGGCAAAGCUGCAGACAUUCAUGAUGUAGAUGGAUUUGUAGUGGACUAGCAGUAUUAAUGUAAUACUUCAUAACCACAACCAUGUCUGCUGUCUGUCUGUCUGUCUGUCUGUCUCUUUUAUUUUCAACAUCAAUACAUACAGUGAAUAUCAGUAUAAAAGGCACCGCAGCUAAACAGUUAGU